AUGGGUGUCCCCGCGCUGUUCCGAUGGCUUUCCAACAAGUACCCCAAGAUCAUCUCCUCGGUGAUUGAGGAGCUUCCGCAAGAGGUGGAUGGAGAGCCGAUUCCAGUCGAUACUACGCGCCCAAACCCCAACGGCGAGGAAAUGGACAACCUUUACCUCGAUAUGAACGGCAUCGUUCAUCCAUGUACCCAUCCGGAGGGACGCCCGCCCCCCGCGAACGAGCAAGAGAUGAUGCUAGAGGUCUUCAGAUAUACUGAUCGAGUGGUCAAUAUGGUCCGUCCGAGAAAGCUCCUCAUGAUCGCUAUCGAUGGUGUUGCUCCCCGAGCCAAGAUGAACCAGCAGCGUGCGCGCCGCUUCCGGUCCGCCCAAGAAGCUAGAGAAAACGACGAGAAGAAAGAAGAGCUCCAAAAGUUGCUUGCUAGGCAAAAUGCCAAGAAGGGCGGCGACCCAGUCCUCCAGGAGGAGGUGAUUCAGAAAACCUGGGAUAGCAACGUCAUUACACCGGGAACACCGUUCAUGAACAUCCUCGCCGCAUCAUUACGUUAUUGGAUCGCCUAUAAGCUCAACACUGACCCAGCUUGGGAGAAGAUGAAAAUCAUCAUCUCAGAUGCUACUGUUCCUGGAGAAGGUGAGCACAAGAUUAUGGAAUUCGUGCGCUCGCAGCGUGCAUCACCGGAGCAUGACCCAAACACCCGUCAUGUCUUCUAUGGCCUGGAUGCCGAUCUUAUCAUGUUGGGUCUGGCGACUCAUGAACCUCAUUUCCGAAUUCUCCGUGAGGACGUGUUCUUCCAAGAGUCAAAGCCCCGGACAUGUAGGCUGUGUGGACAGCCUGGACAUAAGGCCGAGGAAUGUACCGGCAAAGCAAAGGAGAAGAGUGGAGAAUUCGAUGAAAAGCAACAUGCUGCACCGCUCAAGCCUUUUAUUUGGCUUCACGUUUCGGUUUUGAGAGAAUAUCUGGCCGCUGAAAUGCAUGUCCCUCAGCAGCCGUUCCCGUUCGACAUUGAGCGCGCGCUCGAUGACUGGGUUUUCAUGUGUUUCUUCGUCGGAAACGAUUUCUUGCCGCAUCUGCCCUCCUUGGAUAUUCGUGAGAACGGCAUAGACACUCUCAUCGCUAUUUGGCGUGACAAUAUUCCUGCUAUGGGAGGCUAUCUCACCCAGGAUGGACACGUCGACCUGAAAAGGGCCCAGCUCAUUUUGGCAGGAUUAGCCAAACAAGAGAGUGCGAUUUUCGCUCGUCGUCGUCAGGCAGAUGAAAGAAAGCAGGCCAACGACAGGAGGCGCAAAGAACAAGACCAAGCUCGGAAUCAAGAGCGUGCCAGCAAGCGGAGACGCAGCUCCCCACCGCAUGAUAAUGCGCCGGGUAACCGCUCCCGUGGUGGUGCUGGCAGCGUCGAUGAUGCUCCCCCCGCAGCCCUGGAGCUGAUCACUCCUGCCCGAGGACAUCUGACCAAGGAGAACAGAGAGAUGACUCAAAGCAUGGUCGGUAACCGUGGAAAUGUCUACCGUGCCAAUAUGGAGAACAAAAGUGCUGCUGCUGUCUUGAAGAGCAAACUCAUGAAGGGCCCUCAAAACGAAACUAAAGCAUCGAAUGGCAAUGAGGAGCCAACAUCUCCAUCGGUUCUUGGAAAACGAAAGACUGGUGGUGCCGACGAACAGGACGGAGAAGCUGGAACCCCGGGCAGAGACUCCCCUCCUCCACCCCCUCCUAAGAAGAAGGAGGAUGAGAUGCCAGAGGAUACCGUUCGCCUCUGGGAGCCCGGAUUUGCCGAUCGCUACUACGAGCAGAAAUUCGGCGUCGAUCCUGAGGACCACGAGUUCCGCCACAAGGUUGCUCGCGCUUAUGCCGAAGGUCUCGCUUGGGUUCUGCUAUACUAUUUCCAGGGCUGCCCUUCUUGGACCUGGUAUUACCCAUAUCACUAUGCCCCAUUUGCCUCGGACUUCGUGGACAUUGCCGAUAUGGAUCUCAGCUUCGACAAGGGCAAGCCGUUUAAGCCGUUUGAGCAGCUGAUGGGUGUCCUGCCGGCAUCAUCUAACCAUGCCCUACCCGAGGUAUUCCACGACCUCAUGAGCGAUCCGAACAGUGAGAUCAUUGAUUUCUACCCCGAGGAUUUCCCAUUGGAUCUAAACGGCAAGAAGUUUGCUUGGCAGGGUGUGAUCUUGCUUCCUUUCAUUGAUGAGAAACGCCUACUUGCUGCCAUGGAGAAGAAAUACCCCCUUCUUUCUGAUGAUGAACGUCACCGCAACACUCAUGGUACAGAAGUGCUUUUGUUGUCAGACCAACAUCCGCUUUAUCAAGACCUCGUCGGCAACUUCUACUCCAAGAAGCCCGGUCCUGCAGAGUACAACUUGAACAUGCGGGUGAGUGAGGGCUUGGCUGGUAUUGUCGAGCGUAGUGAGACAUAUAUUCCCCAUGGCUCCCUGGUGUCUGACCUGGAGGAAUAUGGCAUGCCGAGCCUCGAUGAUGAUCGAACACUCACCGUCGAUUAUACCAUCCCGAAAUCUGAACACGUUCACAAAUCUAUGCUGCUUCGAGGCGUGAAGUUUGCUACACCCAUGCUGAACUCGGCCGAUGUACGUGCCGUCAAGGGCCGAGCCCAAAACUCCGGUCGCUCCUUCGGUGGCGCACCAUUCAGGGGAGGCGGCCGCGGUGGACGGAUGGACUACGGAUCGGACCGCGGAGGAAACCAAGGAGGGCCCGGCCGUCCCAACCCAUUUGCGGCCCAUCUCGAUCCCCGUUUCAUUCCCGGCCAACAAAAUAACAUGGCUCCGGGAUGGGUUCCCCCUGGACAAGGCGGUGGUGACUACUCGAGAGGACCACCCGGACCCCCACGUGGUGGCAUGUCCAACCAGUAUGGAUAUAACCAGGGUUACCAGCAGGAUCACUAUGGACAUGGACAUGGUGGACACCGCGGUGGCUACCGUGGCGGCGGCGGUGGUGGUGGCCGAUACCGUGGAAACCGGGGCGGAGGUGGCCACUACUAG